AGAAACCGGUGGCUUGUACAGAAAAGGAGAGCAAGAGCGAGCGAGGGCGAGGAGAGCGAGGAAAUCCUCCUCCAGCCUCGGAGGGGGUGUCUCCCCCAAUACCAGCGCCCUCCCCCCGGGCUCGUGGGGCGGGUCUGGUUUGCUCAGCAGCAGCAGCGGAGACGACGGCGGCAGUAGCCGCCCCGGGGCUCAGCCACUGCCUCUUGGCAGAGGAGCUGCGGGGUCUUGGGCUGUGCGAGGCCCAGGGGAGAUCCAGCCACCGCCAGGAUGGAGGAAUCGCCGAGCGGGAGCCGAAGCCACAGGGGACGGAUUUCCUCUUCAGCUCAGCCCUCCUCCCUAACGCUGGCGCCUGGCGGGGCCUGCACGGCUGGCUCCGAGCGUCAGCGAGGCGGGAGAGGCCUGGACCUCGGACUGGGGAACAGCAGCCGGCAAGCGAGGCGGGCACAGCGGGGUAACGGGCGAGCAGAAGCCGCGCUCGGGAACCGACGCCGCCGCGGUCGCUCAUUGUCUCUCCCCUUCCACCCGGGGGGCAAACAGGAAGUGAAGCGCCCGGGCGAACGAGUGACGGGCUCCCCAGCCAAUGAGAAUGACCGGCGGGGAGCGUAGUGGCGAAUGAACGGGGAGAAGAGGGGCGGGAUUUCCGGGCGGGCUGUCACCCUCUUCCCCCCUUUCGGGCUAGAGGCUCCACCUUUUGUGUUUCCCGCACAGUCAAUCAAAAUAGGAAAAAAAAUCCCCCGGACCGCUCCGGCCGUGUCCGCCGCCGCUUCCCGCAUCCUCUCCCGCCGCCGCCGCCUCCGCUCCUCACCAUGUGUAAGGCGGCGGGGAGUCCCGCCUGAGGUGCCCUAAACACACUAUGACCGCUCCCGAAAAGCCUGUGAAACAAGAGGAAAUGGCUGCCUUAGACGUGGACAGUGGCGGCGGCGGCGGCAGCGGCGGCGGCGGCGGCGGCGGCCAUGGCGAGUAUCUGCAGCACGGAAAUGGCGCGGCGGCAGCGGCGGCGGCGGCGGCGGCGGCCCAGGACACUCAGCCGUCACCGCUCGCUCUACUGGCCGCUACCUGCAGCAAGAUAGGGCCGCCAUUGCCCGACGACGAGGAGGAGCCGGCCGCCGCCGGGAAUCACCCCGCCGGGGCGACAGGUGACUUGACUUCUGUACAACUAGGAGAAACUCCAAACAGAUGGGAGGUUUUGCCUGCAACAUCCACCAAUAUAAAGGAUGAAGCUGGUAAUAUAGUACAAAUUUCAGGUACUGCCACAGUAACUUCAAGUGGGCAAUAUGUCCUUCCCCUUCAAAGUUUGCAGAACCAGCAAAUAUUUUCAGUUGCAUCAGGAUCAGAUUCAUCUAAUGGUACAGUGUCCAACGUUCAGUAUCAAGUCAUACCUCAGAUUCAGACAACAGAUGGUCAACAGGUCCAAAUUGGUUUCACUGGCUCGUCAGAUAAUGGGAAUAUAAAUCAAGAAAGUGGUCAAAUUCAGAUCAUUCCUGGCUCUAAUCAAACAUUACUUGCUUCUGGAACACCAUCUUCUAAUAUUCAGAAUAUUUUAUCACAGAGUGGACAAGUCCAGGUUCAGGGAGUUACAAUUGGUGGUUCAUCUUUUCCUGGACAAGCCCAAGUAGUUGCUAAUGUGCCUCUUGGUUUGCCAGGAAAUAUUACCUUUGUACCGAUCAAUAGUGUUGAUCUAGAUUCUUUGGGACUUUCCAGCAGUUCUCAGACAAUGACUGCAGGCAUUAAUGCUGAUGGACAUUUGAUAAACACCGGACAAGCUAUGGAUAGUUCAGAUAAUUCAGAAAGGACUGGAGAUCGAGUUUCUCCUGAAAUUAGUGAAACUAAUACUGAUACAGAUUUAUUUGUGCCAACAUCCUCUUCAUCACAGUUGCCUGUUACUAUAGAUAGUUCAGGUAUAUUACCACAGAACACCAAUAGCUUGACCACUUCUAGUAGUCAGGUACACUCUUCUGAUCUUCAGGGAAACUAUAUCCAGUCAUCUGUCUCUGAUGAGACACAAACUCAAAAUAUUCAGGUCUCUACAGCACAGCCUAUUGUACAACAUCUACAACUCCAAGAGUCUCAGCAGCCAACUAGUCAAGCCCAGAUUGUGCAAGGCCUCACACCCCAGACAAUCCAUGGUGUGCAAGCGGGUGGCCAGAGUAUAUCCCAGCAAGCCUUGCAAAAUCUUCAGUUGCAGCUGAAUCCUGGAACCUUUUUAAUUCAGGCACAGACAGUGACCCCUUCUGGACAGAUAACCUGGCAGACAUUUCAAGUGCAGGGGGUCCAGAACUUACAAAACUUACAAAACUUACAAAUACAGAAUACUUCUGCCCAACAAAUUACUUUGACACCUGUUCAGACUCUCACCCUUGGUCAAGUUGCAGCAGGUGGAGCCUUGACUUCAACUCCGGUUAGUCUAAGCACUGGUCAGUUGCCAAAUCUACAGACAGUUACAGUAAAUUCUAUAGAUUCUACUGGCAUACAGCUACACUCAGGAGAGAACGCUGAUAGCCCUGCAGAUAUAAGGAUCAAGGAAGAAGAACCUGAUCCAGAAGAGUGGCAACUCAGUGGCGAUUCUACAUUGAAUACCAGUGAUUUAACACAUUUGAGAGUACAGGUGGUAGAUGAAGAAGGGGACCAACCAUAUCAAGAAGUAAAAAGACUUCGACGUGUAGCCUGCACCUGUCCUAAUUGUAAAGAAGGUGGUGGGAGAGGUGCCAAUCUUGGGAAAAAGAAACAACAUAUUUGUCAUAUACCAGGAUGUGGUAAAGUUUAUGGGAAGACGUCACACUUAAGAGCUCACCUUCGUUGGCAUUCUGGGGAACGUCCUUUUGUUUGUAACUGGACGUUCUGUGGGAAAAGAUUUACUCGAAGCGAUGAAUUACAGCGGCACAGAAGAACACAUACAGGUGAAAAGAAGUUUGUUUGUCCAGAAUGUUCAAAACGCUUUAUGAGAAGUGACCACCUUGCCAAACACAUUAAAACACAUCAAAAUAAAAAAGGUAUUCACUCUAGUAGUACAGUGCUGGCAUCAGUAGAAGCUUCACGAGAUGAUACUUUGAUUACUGCAGGAGGAACAACACUUAUCCUUGCAAAUAUUCAACAAGGUUCUGUUUCAGGGAUAGGAACUGUUAAUACUUCUGCCACCAGCAAUCAAGAUAUUCUUACCAACACUGAAAUACCUUUACAGCUUGUCACAGUUUCUGGAAAUGAGACAAUGGAGUAAAUAUUACACAAAUACUUAUUCAUUGUGGUUAUUUUUAUACAGUAGUGAGAAGAAUAUUGUUCCUAAGUUCUUAGAUAUCUUUUUAUUGAUGUGCAAAAAUUUUUGGAUUGACAGUAACUUGGUUAUACAUGACACUGAAAUGCCUUACUUUGUAUGAUAUUCCAUAGUAUAUUAAAAUGGUAAAAUUGCAUGGGUUUUGUAGGUACUUUUGGAAUCUAGAAGAGAUGAAAUUUUACCAAGUUAUAUAAAGAGAAAAAUGAAUUUAACAAUGGGAAUGGUAGUCUAACCAAAUGCAUCAAUCCUGUGUGGUUUAGUGUAAAAAUGAGAACAUGUUGGUAUUUAUCUAUUGUAAGAUAAAGAAGUUGGUGGAUGAAAGAAAUCAUGUUAUGAUAAAAGAAAUUUUGUAAUUUUCUUGAUGACUGGAAUUUUUAUUAUGCAUAACUGACAAAUCAAGUUUCCAAGCAAAUGUUACCUAGUGUAGGCUUUACUUAGCUCAUCAAUUUGUCAUUUUGAAGCUAAUUAUUUUAAUUAGGUUAACUAUGUACAAUAUUUUAAGCAUUACUCUUGUAAGAUUUUGAAAACUACAUUUUAACAUGGAACUCUAGGGAUAGUCACCUUUUAAAUCCUGUUGAAAAGCCAUGUUUAAGAUUUAAUUUGCCAAAAUGAUGUCUUGUUAAUAUUAUUCUUUCAAUAACGAAGUUGGGCAAUAUAACCAAUGUUUAAAAAAAGCUUAAAAUGUAUAGAUUGAGGCAUUUGGGUGGUAAGAACAAUGUUGUGAAUUAUCCCUUUUCUUGAACAUUGGAGGACCAAAAAUAAGGUGUAUUGCGUCUUAGCAGUGAUUUUUUUUUUUUUAAUUAUCAAAUCUUGUUUCCAAAAACCAUCUGUCUGCCAGGGCCUUAAAAGCCAUCAUGUAAGUUACCAGUAAAGUAUAACAUAUGCAAACAUAACAGAAAAAUCACUUCCAGAGUGACAAUACUCCAACCACAUGGAUAUUAGUCAUAGAAAGCUAGAAGUUAUAUGAGUUUUGUUUUGUUUUGUUUUUUAAAGAAGUUUUUUUGGCUAGGUAGUCAGUCUUGCACUUAAAAUAUCAAUCAUUUUCUUUCUUUUUUUCCUUUUUUCCUUUUUCUUUUUUUUCUUGCUUUUUCCCUUAAAAUUUAUAUGUAUUCAAUACACUUAAACUGAAAAACAUAUAUGUUUUUUUAUUAUGCUGUAUUUUCUUUUUUAUAAUUAUUGUUUAUAUUUUCAAUUAUAGAAAAAUGUACAAAAUAAAGUUACAUUGCUGGUCUGUAAGUGCUAUACCAUUUUCCUAAAAUGUACACCAAUAACUGCAGCAGUUCACCUAUUUACAAAAAUUUGAAAUUCUGUUCAUUUGUUAUUCUUAAGACCACCUCAGAUUUAAAGGCUACCUUAUUGUACGUUUAAAGUGUAUUAUAACAGUGUGGUAGUUAAUAAAACACUAUUUUUUUUC